AUGGGAGCACACCUACCAUUUUUGGGUCAUUUGAACAUGUCAAAGAAUUGUUCCAAUGGCGGCAUUCCCUCUUCAUUUGGUGAUAUGAGUUCCCUACAAGUUUUGGACUUAUCAAACAACCAAUUACCAGGUGAGAUACCGGAACAAAUGGCUAUGGGCUGCUCUUCAUUACAGGUACUUGCAUUAUCAAAUAACACAUUACAAGGAUCAAUUUUCUCUAGAAAUUUUAAUCUAACGAGCUUGUCCGAGCUCGAAUUAAAUGGAAAUAAUUUCACUGGGAUAAUCCCAAACGUCUUAGCUAACUGCUCUGACUUGUAUACACUAGAUCUUAGCAAUAACUUUAUCUUUGGUGAAGUGCUAAGUUGGAUUUGGAAUAAGUCAAGGCCGGAAGCAUUGGAUGUGAGCAGGAACCAACUCUUUGGUAGGUUGCCACAAUGGAGGGGAAAUGCUUCGAAUUUGGCACAAGUUUCCAUGGCAGAUAAUCGACUUAAAGGUUCAAUCCCAAGGGCAAUUUGCAGUCUCAAUCUCAAACUAAAACUUUUGGACCUUUCCAAUAACAGUUUAUAUGGGACAACAAUUUGA